AUGGACAAAUUUAAAUCUGGUUUGAACAGAUUUGAAAAUCUGCAGAUUGCAGUGAAGCGAUUGAAGACAAUGACUGCGAAAGCAGAAAUGGAGUUUGCAGUGGAAGUGGAAGUAUUAGGAAGAGUGAGGCAUAAGAAUCUGUUGGGGUUGAGAGGAUUCUAUGCAGGAGGAGAUGAAAGGUUGAUUGUGUAUGAUUACAUGCCUAAUCAUAGCUUGCUCACACAUUUGCAUGGUCCACUUGCCAAGGAAUGUCAGUUAGAUUGGGCGAGAAGAAUGAGCAUAGCAAUUGGAGCUGCUGAAGGUUUAUUGUAUUUGCACCAUGAGUCAACUCCUCACAUCAUACAUAGAGAUAUAAAAGCGAGCAAUGUUCUUCUGGAUUCUGAAUUCCAAUCUAAGGUUGCUGAUUUUGGUUUUGCAAAGCUGGUACCAGAUGGUGUGACCCAUAUGACUACAAAGGUUAAAGGCACACUAGGAUAUCUGGCACCAGAAUAUGCUAUGUGGGGAAAAGUUUCUGAGAGUUGUGAUGUUUACAGCUUUGGAAUUUUACUGUUGGAGAUCAUCAGUGCGAAGAAACCCAUUGAGAAAUUUCCUGGAGGAGUGAAAAGGGAUAUUGUUCAAUGGGCCACACCAUUUGUCAACAAAGGUCUCUUCGGCAAUAUCGCAGAUCCAAAACUGAAGGGGAGAUUUGAUUUGCAGCAGUUGAAAAAUGUGACCACAAUAGCUCUUAGAUGCACUGAUACUAGCGCAGAUAAGAGGCCUAACAUGAAAGAGGUCGUCAAUUGGCUCAAGAAUGGUGUAGGGAGCACUUAA